AUGGGAAUUUUUGACCAUUCUUCUAGAAGCGCAUCUGUGAGGUCAGGCACUGAUGUUGGACGAGAAGGCCUGGCUCACAGUCUCCGCUCUAAUUCAUCCCAAAGGUGUUUUAUCGGGUUGAGGUCAGGCCAGUCAAGUUCCUCCACACCAAACUCGCUCAUCCAUGUCUUUAUGGACCUUACUUUGUGCACUGGUGCGCAGUUAUGCUGGAACAGGAAGGGGUCAUGAAGCAUUGGGAGCAUGAAAUUGUCCAAAAUGUCUUGGUAUGCUGAAGCAUUAAGAGUUCCUUUCACUGGAACUAAGGGGCCAAGCCCAACCCCUGAAAAACAACCCCACACCAUAAUCCCCCCUUCACCAAACUUUACACUUGGCACAAUGCAGUCAGGCAAGUACCGUUCUCCUGGCAACCACCAAACCCAGACUCGUCCAUCUGAUUGCCAGACAGAGAAGCAUGAUUCGUCAUUCCAGAGAACACGUCUCCACUGCUCUAGAGUCCAGUGGUGGCGUGCUUUACACCACUGCAUCCGACGCUUUGCAUUGCACUUGGUGAUGUAAGGCUUGGAUGCAACUGCUCGGACAUGGAAACCCAUUCCAUGAAGCUCUCUACACACUGUUCUUGAGCUAAUCUGAAGGCCACAUGAAGUUUAGAGGUCUGUAACUAUUGACACUGCAGAAAGUUGGUGAAAGCAUGCGCUGACCCCGCUCUGUGAUUUUACGUGGCCUACCACUUCGUGGCUGAGUUGCUGUUGUUCCCAAUUGCUUCCGCUCUGUUAUGAUACCACUAGCAGUUGACCGUGAAAUAUUUAGUAGUGUAAUUUCACGAAUGGACUUAUUGCACAGGUGGCAACCUAUCACGGUACCACGCUUGAAUUCACUUAGCUCCUCUAUAUAUAUAUACACACAUAUAUAUAUAUAUAUAUAUAUAUAUUUAUAUACACCGAUCAGGCAUUAUGACCACUAACGAUGAAGUGAAUAAGACUGAUUAUCUCUUCAUCACGGCACCUGUUAGUGGGUGGGAUAUAUUCGGCAGUAAGUGAACAUUUUGGCCUCAAAGUUGAUAUGUUGGAAGCAGGAAAAAUGGGCAAGCGUAAGGAUUUGAGCGAGUUUGACAAGGGCCAAAUUGUGAUGGCUAGAUGACUGGGUCAAAACUGCAGCUCAUUAGUUAACAUGAACAAAUAAUGAACUGCAGUUCUACAGCAUUUAUUAAUCUUUGUUAGGGUUAAUUUCAACAUUUACUAAUACAUUAUUAAAAUCUUGUUAACAUUAGUUAAUGCACUGUGAACUAACAUGAACAAACAAUGAACAACUGCAUUUCAUUAACUAACGUUAACGAAGAUUAGUAAAUACAGUAACUAAUGUAUUGCUCAUGGUUAGUUCAUGUUAGUUAAUACAUUAACUAAUGUUUAACUAAUGAACCUUAUAAUAUCCAAAAGUCUGAGACCACAUCUACAAUUUUAGAUUUUUUAAAUACAGUAGUAACCUGAAAAUUUGCUGAUUCUGUAGUUAUGCACACUGUUUUUCUGACCUCAUUUAUGGAGACACAAUAGUAAUAAUAGAUAUAAUGGUUUACUUUAAAAAAAAAUCAUUCGUACACACAGGCACAUUUAAGAUGGCAAAAUAAGAAACUAUUUUUAAAAAACAAUUAAUUUGAGGAUUUUAUUACAGAAAUUAUCUCUAAUUUCCCAUGUUUCAUCUAAAUGUGCAAUAAUCUCAGCAUUAACAGAAAAAAUUUAAAUUACUGAAAGGACUAGCAGUGUAAUUGUUCAUUAGUCACUAAUGGACUCUGUUGUCAUGUGUACCACAUUCCUUUAAUGCACUAUACUUGUGAAUUCUCUCCACCCUGCAUGACCACUCGGUAAAUACUGUUAAUAACUCUGGAUCAUAGUCUGAUUCACCUCAAUUAGAUUUUUAGAUAUUGUUGUAUUACUACUGUCAUGAUUGCAGCUCACCCGUCUAGUCUUUGCAAAUAAUAUUGUUUUACAUAUUCACAUAUAGGCCUCUAAUAAGAAAGAGAACGUUAGACAAAAUGUCAAUGACGUCUGCCUAUAAACAAGUUCUUAUGCUUCAUGUCUAAGCAGGUCUGGUUAAGCUGGUUUUAGCUCAGGUAAACACAGUUUUGAUUAUUUGAUUACAAUUGCUGGAGUUGUAUAAUUUGCAGCUUAUGUCACAGAAAACCAAUAUGAUGGUGUAAAUUAAAUUUUAAAAACAUGUUUUUAUGCUUAUUAAGAUAUUAAUUAAUGUUCUGCCCUCAAGACAGUAGGAAUUGAGCAUUGCUUGUAUUAUUGAUUAUAUUGUAUGAAUAGACGCCACACCCCUGCUUUUGGAUGUCAUGUCAACUCAUGGAAAACAUGGGAAGGACGUCACCAUUUAGAGGGUUUGUUAACUUUAACAUUAGUCAUUCAAACAGCCUUUCGUCUGACUUUGCUUUAUUUUCUAUUCAGGCAUCAAAUAUGCUGCAACGUCAAAAAAGGGUACCUUGAGACUGUAAUCGUGGCAUUGUCAAUUAAAAUGUGUUUGUUUAAUAUGAUUAAAGCAGAAAACAUUUUAAUAUGAUUCAAGCAUUGUUCAAAGCUUACAAAGUGACAAUAGUCAGUCUUUGGAAUUUCAGAGCACUUUUUUUAUGCCCAAAGCACCUCCCAGUUUCUACCUGGGAUUCACACACCCUCAUGAGAAACUCCCCCUCCCCUUCAGCUUCUUUUUAUAAGAGUUGAUUAUCUGCCAGGCUUAUUACUGAAUUGGAGACACCAGCCAGGUGUGAUUCUGCUCCGGAUUUUAUUUAUUAGAAACUAUCUGCGUCCUUGUUACAAGAUGAACACAAACACAGUGAUCCGUUUGAUGUCAUUGCUGUCUAUCUGGAUGUGGAUUGGACAAGGUCAGCCCCAGCUCACACCGAAUGAUUUCCAAGCCAAAAUCACCAGCAAUACGGUGAUACUGAAGCAGCCGUAUUGUGUUUUUGAUCAGACAUGCAAUGGCUGUGAGAUAUGGCUGGUAGCUGCGCUGAGCUCAGCAACCAGCACCUUUGAUGCUCAAUUUAACAGCUCAGCUCCCUACGUCCUCAGCCUGUCACCCUACCCAACAGCGUUUAACCCAUCAUCAGGGAACUUCUUUGUGACCAAAGUUGGACCUUUGGCAAGCUUCCCUUGUAGUCAAUCCUCCAAUGAUUUCUACUUCAUAGUCGGAGCCGAGGGGAAAUGUAGUGGCAUCAACUGUAAUGGAUUAUUACCUAAUGGAUCCAUUGUUAGUUUCAAAUAUCUUCUCAUCGAUGUGAACAACCAGACUAUUGUUAAUGCUUCAAACUGGUCUCCCAACAUUACGCUUCUGACACUACAAAACCCUCAAACCAUUAAUGAUGGUCUAAGUGCGAGAUCUGGUGCCAUGGUUGUCAUUACUACCAUUCUAUGUGUGGCUGCGGCUCUGCUUUUACUCCUUUUCUUCAUCAUGUUAUGUGUAAUCUGCUGUGGCAGGAAAGAAGGGAAGCCCAUAUCGGGGGUUUCCCAGACUGUCAUGAACUCAAUUCGUAUCCCCCGAUAUGACACCCACCUGAAGGAGCGAGGGCACCCCUACGACAACCCAGCGUACGAGUCGGAAGUGAAAAAUUAUUCCACAUCGGACACUCUGCCCAAGUCUGGAAUACAGACACAGAAGCUGUGAGCUCCCAUAGACACCAUCAUUGCAGUGCAUAUUCCAUGGGAAGCUAAAUUACUAUGCAGUAUUUCCAUUUCAAUAUGUCACAAGGCAAAAUAGAGGAAAGGAAGUGAACUUUAAAUUAACCCAUCAAUUCUAUGACACACAUCAUCAUGUAUGUUACAUUGUUGUCCUGGGAUCAGAACUGUUUCCCAGUGUAAUAUUAAACCAGAAUGGUUGUGUUGAAACUUUAUUUUUUUUAGCCAUUAUUGUACAUGAUCAAAAAAACAAAACAAACAGAUGGAACAGAAAUACACUACACUGACUACAACAUGCAAAUUCACUAGAUGGCGCUGUUUAGUAACCAAGCAAAUGUUAUAUUGUGACAGUCAUACUGUAGUAGCCAAUUUACUAGUGCAGUGUUUCCUAACCUUCCUUGUCUUAGGGUUCAAAUAGGCUUAAAUAUCCUUUCAUUGACACCAAACCAGGAAUUUGUUCAUUUUAAGUCAUAUUAUUCUGGAUAUUUGGUAAACUCAGUUGUUAACAGCUUACUGCAUUAACUAACAUGAGCAAUGUAAUUUAAAGCAUUAACUUUUGUUAAUGUUAGUAAUUUAAAAAAAAAAAUCAUGUUAAUGUUAGGUCACAGUUCAUUAACUAAUGUUAACAAAACAAAAUUUGUAUCUGUUUGUAUUAAAUGUAUUAGUAAAUGUUGAGAUUAACUGACUAAGAUUAAUGAAUUCUGCAGAAGUAUUGUUCAUUGUUAGUUCACGUUAACUAAUGUAGUUAACUAAUGUUAACAAAUGAAACUUUACUGUAAAGUGUUAACUGAUAUCUUUUAUUAUUAAUAUUAUAACAUUUUUAUUACAAAAAACAACAGAAAAAAAAUCAACAGCAAAAUUUAAUUCAGUGAAAUCAACUCUGCUCAGAGUACAUAUGGUCCCUCUCUAUAUAGUGUUAAAGUAACACUGAAGCAGAGUUAAAGUUAAUGAGAUAAUUAUUAACUUUAAUUAAGUGAUUAAGAGAUGAUUGCGCAUUAGUGAUGAACACCUGCUGUUAACAAGCAUAAUCACUGAAGAGAAACACUGUAAUGAAGGGUCGGCAGAAUGGGGAUCCAUUUGCAGCUUUAUUAGGUUAAACACCAAGGCAGACAGGGUCAAAGGCAAAGACAUAAACAGGAACAGGCAAUGGUCGAGGCAGGCGGCAGACGAACAGUAACGGGUCACAGGCAGAGAUCAGGGCAGGCGGCAAGCAAACACAGUCCAGUAAACAGGCACAGUUCAGGGCAGGCAGCAGAGAAUCACAACGGGUAAACAGUCCAACAGUAACAGAAUAAACAAUCCACAGGAAAACACUCAGAAAUGAUCACCGGGGCAAAUCAAGACUUCGCGGUGAGUGUGUGUGUGCGGCUUAAAUAGUGUGAGCGUGAUGGGGUGCAGGUGUGUGCGCAAUCAGUCCCAGGAAUGAGGGCCUAUGGGAAACGUAGUCCGAAUGGGAACAGUCAAUAUUCGGGUGAUGGCUCCCUCCGGUGGUGCGGAGGAGGAGGCGAGGGAGCCACAUUCGUGACAAACACAAGAACUACAACUGAUUUCCAGCCACAGCCUAAGAUGAACUCAAGUUAAAAGACAUGAAAUCUCUCAAGAUCUGAUUAAACAACUCCACAAACAGCAUAUUAUCUCAUUAACUUUAACUCUGCUUCAGUGUUAUUUUAACUCUAUGUAGAGAGGGACCAUAUGUUCUCUGAGCAGUGUUGAUUUAAUUGCUGUGUACGGGUGUAACAAUAUAUCGUGUCACAAUAUAUAGCAAUACAAAAAUGCAACAAUAUGUAUCGUGGAUAGUUCACCCAAAAUGAAAAUUACUGUGUGAGAAAAAAUUCAAGUUGACUGAGUUUUAGUGCCAGUACUACUUUAAAUUACUAUAUAUAAUGUUGAAUAUAAUGUAUAAUAAUGCAAAUAGGGAAUAUUUGUGAGUCCUGAUAAUGCCAAAUGUCUUAUGUUACCAGUAAAAAGUGGCCUGCAUUAUUUUAAAUAUAUCUAGUCAGUGACAGAGUGCAAACAUAUUCAUCUCAAAUAAAUCUGUGUUUCAGUGUUAGAAUCAUGAAUAUUUUUAUUCUGGUGUCACUGUUGUCCUGUGCAUUGGGUUACCAGCACCAAUUCCAAGCCUAUUCAUUUCCAUCCCCAAUAUAAUACCAAAUUUAGCAUUUUAAUCAACAGUAAAAUUUUUUGUUAUCCUUUUACCAUAUGUCUUGGAGUAUCGCAAUAAUAUCUUGAUUAAUAUCAUGAGUUCAGUAUCAUCAUAUGUAUCGAAUCGUGACAUGAGGGUAUCGUUACACCCCUAUCAUCCACACAAAUGUAGACUAUAAAAACAUACACAUUUGACAUUAUUUUGUCUUUCAUGUUUAUGAUUUGUUCUAAUCUGUUCAUUCUAAUCUAUUAGCAGAUUUAUUGUUUGACAGCCCUAAUUUUUUAAAAGUUGUAUUUGUGUUAUAUGUUUACAAAGCAAUUACCCCUAUUGUCUUAAUCGUUAUGAUUAAUGAGAGUUAUAAAUGUAUGUUUAUUGCAUGUGCUGUAUCUGGUCAUUAAGUUUUUCAUGAUUGUUAAUCACUUUUUAUGCAGAUUGCUUAAACAGUCUUAUAGUGUGACAAAUACAUUUUGAAAAAUA